CCGUGAAGGUCAAUGGCUCUAAAAAGCAGAACUACCAGGCCUUGCUGGAGACGUGCUUGAAGGACAAAUGCCUGUUCACAGAUGACCACUUCCCUGCCCACAUCAGCUCUAUUGGAACGGGACCACUGCUAAGGAAACUACCCCAAAAUUUACAGUGGAAGAGGCCACAUGCUUUGCACAGAAGUCCAGUAUUUUAUGCUGCAAACAGAAAGCAACUUGAUCUCUGCCAAGGAUUGGUGGAGAACUGCUGGUUCCUGGCGGCCCUGGAGGCCCUGACAUUCCACCAGGACAUCUUGGCUGCCGUCGUGCCACAAAACCAGAGCUUUGAGAGGAAAUAUGCUGGCAUUUUCCACUUCCGGUUCUGGCACUUCGGUGAAUGGGUUGACGUGGUGGUUGAUGAUCGCCUGCCGGUGAACGAGGCGGGGGAGCUGGUUUUUGUUUCCUCAGUCUAUAAGAACGUGUUCUGGGGAGCCCUUCUGGAGAAGGCAUACGCUAAACUGUACGGCUCCUAUGAAGAUCUGCAGAUUGGUCAAGUUUCAGAAGCCUUGGUGGAUUUUACAGGGGGUGUUAAUAUAAGAAUCAAGCUUGCAGAAGCUCCUCCUGAUCUGUGGGAUAUCCUGACAAGAGCAACCUACAGCAGAUCUCUCAUGGGCUGUCAGACGCACUUGGGGGCAACAAAGGUCCUGAAGAAUGGGCUUGUUGCUGGCCAUGCCUACACAGUAACGGGUAUUAGAAAGGUGACGUGUCAAUAUGGACCAGAAAACCUAGUAAGACUGAGAAAUCCAUGGGGAAAAAUAGAAUGGAAAGGAGACUGGAGUGACAGCUCUUGCAAGUGGGAGCUACUGAGCCCGAAGGAGAAGAUUUUGCUGAGGAAAAAGAAGGAGGAUGGAGAAUUCUGGAUGUCUCUGCGAGACUUUAAGAUUCAUUUUGUAGAUCUGAUGAUCUGUAAAUUAACUCCAGACCUGAUGAGCCAGGAAGAUGGGAAGAAGUGGAUGUACUCCCUGAAGAGUGGGAGAUGGGUUAAAGGAAGUACAGCGGGAGGAAGUCUGGGAUUCUGUAAUGGCACCUUUUGGAUGAACCCUCAGUACUGGCUGAAUGUUUUACCAGUCGAAGACAGUAAGAAAAGCCUCAGUUCCUGUAAUGUGGUUAUAUCCCUGAUGCAGAAACACAGCAGCAAACACCGGAACUGUGCUCCGCACCUCUUCAUUGGAUUUUCUCUCUACAAGGUCAACCUGUAUCAGGAAAGCAACAGAAAGCUGCCCCCAGCUUUCUUCACCCACCAUCAACCUGUGAACAAGCACCAGUGCUUCCUUGAUGAGCGGGAAGUGACUCACGACUUCCACCUGGAACCUGGUGUCUAUGUGAUUGUCCCAUCCACCCUGGAGCCUCAGCAGGAGUCUGAAUUCAUCCUGCGGGUCUUCUCCAGGAAGCAUGUUCUUCGGGAAAUGGGUGGGAACACCAGUUUCACCCUCUCUAAGGAAAUUGUUGAUCGGUAUGAAGGCAAGAUCUGGGAGGAUUUCUUCACAAAGCAUUUUGAACAGAAUCCUGAAAUAAAUGCUGUUCAGCUUCAGAGGAUCCUGAAUAAUAUAACUUGGAGAAAUUUCCAGAGUUUUCGCCUAAGCUUCAGUCUGGAUGCCUGCCAGGGUAUCUUGGCGCUCCUGGAUCUGAAUGCCUCUGGCACACUGAGUAUCCAGGAAUUCAGAGUUCUGUGGAAAAGGCUGCUUUUCUAUCUGCUGGGCAUUUCGCUCAGCAAUGAAGUCUGUAAUCUGAUGGCAAUCAGAUACGGUGACCCUGACUUGAAGAUCAGCUUUGAGAGCUUUGUGUGCUUCAUGCUUCGAGUGGAGAUCAUGGGAGAGGCCUUCCGCAACUUAACGCAAGAUGGCAAAGGGAUCUAUCUCCGGGAAUCUGAGUGGAUGAUGAUGACGUUGUACUCCUGA